AUGUCUGCUGCGCGACGCGUCUUUGCUCUAUCGCUGCUCUCGCGAGGGGUGUUGGCGGGCUUGUACCCCGGGUUGAGCACCGAUAACCACACGUGUGCCCUACAGCCCCAGGUGCUCUCCUGUUCAGAAGAAGCUCAGCCUGGUCUGGUCGACACAUGCUGUGUAGAGACCUUCGGAGGCCUUGUGCUUCAGACACAGUUCUGGAACACGUAUACCGGGCUUGAGACGGAGGGACAAUUGCUCCCGAAGGAUUCGUGGACGAUCCAUGGACUAUGGCCGGACUUCUGUAACAGUUCAUACACACAGUACUGUGAUCUGAGUCGUCAGUAUGACCCGGCCCCAUACCCAACUACGACGGACGGCACGCCGAACGGCACAGUCGUAGAGCCCUGGACCGGCGUCCCAAUAUCGGAUUUCAUCGAACCCUUCGGCAAAUACGAUCUACUCGCAUACAUGCGAAAGUUCUGGAUCGGCCUAGCCCAAGACAGCCAAAUCCUCUGGGCGCACGAGUUCUCCAAGCACGCGACCUGCUACAGCACCUUCGACAUCGAGUGCUACGGCCCGACAUACGUCGAGCACGAGGAGAUCGUCGACUUCUUCACCACGGCCGCGUCCUACUUCCAGAACCUGCCGACAUGGGGCUGGCUGUCGGCGGGCGGGAUCCGGCCGUCAAACACGAGUUACUACUCGCUGGAGGACAUCCAGACGGCACUGUCGUCCGGGUAUGGGAGCCUGCCGUACGUCGGGUGCUCGGGACCGCGGUAUAACGCUACCGAGGCCGGGGCGGGAAGUGACGAUACGGGCUACACGGUGCUGUCGGAGAUGUGGUAUUAUCACCAUGUGUACGGCGCCGUGCAGCGCGGCCAGGCACUGCGGGUUGAUGCGAGUGUUACGGGCGGGAGCGUGACGAGUUGCGCGACUACGCCUGGUGCUAUCCGGUACUAUGAGCGAACGGCCGGCUCUCAUGCUUGA